CGAUAUACAGGCGCAGGUGUUGAAGUUACACAAGUCGACCAAAUAACAAGUAUAAGUUUUGAAACGUGCGCGAGUUGAAUUAAAAAAAGCUACAAAAUGCCGUUUAUGAAAGGACGUGAACCCAUACGCCGUACUCUGCAGUACUUGAAAAUGGGCAAACUAGUUUUAAAAGAUAAAGUAGCCAUAUUCAGUGUUAACUACAACACAUACGGCAAUCAUCACUCUGGUGCUAGGGACUUUGUGUUCUGGAACAUACCGCAAAUACAGUUCAGGAACCCAGACGUGCAAGUAGUCACAAUCAAGAACACAACACCGUCGCCAUUUGUCCGCUGUUACUUCGACGACGGCCGCGAUAUUAUCAUCGACAUUGACAGUCGAUCUCGGGACGAAAUCAUUGAGCACUUGGUAAAAGUGGUAGGCAAGACGCGUGAACAACUCGAUGCGGAGGCAAGACUGGCGGAAAGUAAAGACAAUCCGGCUAACUUUGGAUACGGUUGUGAUCGUCACUGCAUCUGCGAGAUACCUGGUCAAGUGCCAUGUCCAGGCACAGUUCCAUUGCCGGAGGAGAAGCGUGGCAAAUUUAUCUUUGCGCCGAAAUAAUGUGAAAAAUGGUUGCAUUUAUUAAAUGAGUCCGUAUAUAUUGAUAAAUUAAA